AUGACGGCAGCAGGCGGCGCCGGGGCCAUGGCGGCCGCGCCGGGCCCGCGGGCUGAGGCUGAGACCGAGGAGCGGCGGCGGCUCCUGCGCUCCGUGACCCGGCUACAGGCCUGUGCCAGGGGGUUCCUGCUGCGGCGGCGCCUGCGGAGCGUGCGGGCGGAGUUCGAGGCCGCGGUGCUGGAGAUCGAGGGCGACCUGAGGCAGCUGCGCUGGAGCGGCCGCGUCCUGCAGCGGCCGCGCUUCGGCCCCGAGGACGCUCCCGGCGCUGCCCCCGCAGGAUUUGGCGCUCCCGGUGCAGCCCGGCCUGCCCAGCACUCUCCAGGAAAACCUUUGGAUCCAGGGGAGGCUGCAGAGAACAAAACCAGAAAAAAAUGGGAGAAGCUGAAUCCUGGUGGAGCAGAGAGGGGUGGGAACAUCCCCCCCUCAGCCCCACACCCCAAAACCACCAAAAACCCCAAAAAUCCCCCAGAUUUGGGGUGUGGUGCUGCUGAAAGCCCCGAGGAGGAAGAGGAGGGAGCCCUGGAGUGGGACAGUGACAGCAGCGAGCUGGGAGCCAGCACAGGAAUCCCAGAGGAGCUGCAGGGGCUGCCCCGCUGGGAGCUGCAGGCCCUCAGGACUCGGCUGCUGCUGGAGCUGCUGUGGGUCCAACAGGCCAUUGCCAGCAGGAAACAGUUCCUGCUGCUGAGGCAGAAGUUGGGAGUUGCUGCCCCUCCCUGCAGCGUCCCCGAGUUCCUGGCCUGCUGUGGAGAGGCCCUGGGGCUGCAGCAGCAGCAGCUCUGAUGGCACAGGGACAGCUGGGGGUCCUCACCCCGGGAAAAUGGAACAAAAUCCUGCUGGGGGUGUUUGGUGUGAGCGGGACUGAGCAGCAGCAGCCAUGGGAGGCUCCUGGGGGGAUCCUUCCCUUCCCUUCCCUUCCCUUCCCUUCCCUUCCCUUC